AUGGAGGAAGCUAUUCCCUCUCUUUCCUCUGGCGUAAUUGGUUCGCGUUUCGUCUCUCAGGACGAUAUCGAGUCUGCGAAAUCAAAGCGUGAAGAACAAUGGAAGGCUGCUUAUGCCAGACUGGGACAGGAACCGCCUCCGCAACAAGUCGAGGAUUCAUAUGACGGGCGCAGUCUGGCUGAAAAACUCGCCGCCAAUAAAAUUGCAAAGCAAGAGGAAUAUGAGGAAAAGACCAAACUAGCGAAUCAAUUCCGCGCCCUCGAGGAGGAUGAGAUAAUGUUUCUAGAUUCCAUACGCGAAAAGGAAAUGGAAGAGGAAAGACAACGAAAGCAACUGGAUGGAGAAGAAGUGAAGAAUUUCAAGGAAGCUGUAGCAGCAAGAACGAGCGCAUCUAAUCCUCCGCCUAUCAGUACCAAACCCGUGGCCGCUCCACCCACUUUACAAGCAACUGCUCCAAAGAAGGACGUCAAGAAGGGUCUUAAGGGUGUCAUUGUCAAAAAGAAGGGCAAGCCAGCGCCUAUCGCGAAACCACCACCAGCCAAAGAAGUCCUGGCAAACGAUAGGAAGCGCGAACCACCCACCGGCGAGGAUGUAUCACAGAACAGCCAGGAACCUCAAAGUAAACGGCGGCGUGUAUCAGAAAGUUAG